AUGGCUUCGAUUCUCAUCGCCUUUGGUGACCUUUUGGCAAGCGCAGCUGGGCUCCUCUACGGAUCCUUAUAUCUCGGGAUUGCGCUGGCAUACUCCAUCCAGCAAAAGGAGACGUGGCUUGGCCAGAACGAGGAGGAUGCUGCUCAUCUCCGCCACGGUAAGCCAACUGGCAGCCCUGCUCCACUGGGGAAGCGAGCCCCGAUAAACGAUACGUGCAAGCGCUAAAACAUCACGGGCAGCCUUGCACGAGUUAUGGUCGCUCUCAAACAACGAUGGCCGACUGGAACACAAGUUUUUGAAGUUGCGCAAUGGCGUCCAGUUGCAUUAUCUAACGCCCCGAGGAACGGAAACAGCGCAAGCGGCACAAACGCUCGUCGUAUUUGUGCACGGAUUUCCAGAUUCCGCACACCUCUUCACCAGACAAUUGCAUUCGCCGUUAGCAACAAAGGCAAAGUUGGUGGCUCUGGAUUUUCCAGGAUGUGGAGGAAGCGACAGCCUCGCAUCAUAUGGACCCGAUGAGGUGCUGAAUACCGUUGCUGAAGCAAUUGUUCAGCUUAAGAAACAGUAUUUGGAGGGCCGUUCGACGCGAUGCAUUCUUGUAGGCCACGACUGGGGCGGUGUAGUCGGAUUCCGCCUCGCUGCAGAGACAGAAGGACUGAUUGAUGAGUUGGUAACACUGAACUCUCUUUGGCCAGAGUACGCAGAAGAGGUCUUGAAGUCGCAUCUUUCUCGAGGUCAACGUCUGUUGUCCAGAUGGCGAAUGAGCGAGGCCAGAGAUGAGCUUGGUCCAGUUUUCUCACAGCUCCAGAAGUCCGGUUAUGUAAGGUUGCCGCUUGAACAUCCGGGUACUCGAUCGAACACUGACGUGUUACCCAGACGUACAUGCUGAGUCUGCCAUUCCCAAUUGCAAAGUGGAUGCCACGAGUGACAGCUUCCCUCCUCAAAUACGCACAAGGUCUAGAAUACAAACAGUCGCCUUCACAGGCCCCGGAUAUCCUGGCGACUCGUUUAGCCAUGGCCUAUGGACCAAGCUCCUUGGAAAGUGCGCUGUCCAAUGCCAACAGCCCUCAUUAUGGGCCCUCUGUGCUGGAUCGAUCGAACAGCAACCCACCCGGGGACUGGGACGCACGUGUCAGGCUUUACGCAGACGGACUGCUCCGAGAAAAGUGGACCCCUUCGUACAACGGCCAUGAUAUUUCAGGGAAGCAUGGAGAUGACCGCGCGAAAGGUUUCCGGUGUCCAGUUCAUAUCAUAUUUGGUCUUGGAGAUGUUGCGUUGGACCCCCGCGUCGUCCUCGACGGCAUCGAAAAGUACUUCCGGGACGACGCAAGAGACGGAAAGCGCAUCAUCAGGCUACCAGGAUGUGGUCACUGGUCGAUUCUGGAAGAAGAAGGUAUCAAAGCCCUCGAUGGUGUGUUGGUGGAGUUGAUCCGGUAG